AUGGAUGCUAAGAUCGGACAAUUCUUUGAAUCCGUCGGUUCCUUCUUCUCCGGUGGCGAUCAGAUCCCUUGGGCCGACGCUGAUGUCAUCGCUGGAUGUGAAAGAGAGGUCAAAGAGGCCACAGAUACUGGCACUCAAGAACGUGUUACGGAGUGCUUAAUGCGAUUGUCAUGGGCUCUUGUUCAUUCCCACCAAACCGAAGAUGUGCAACGCGGAAUAGCCAUGCUUGAAGCAUCUCUGGGAAAAACUACUGCCGCUCCUUUUGAUGACCGAGAGAAGAUCUAUCUUCUUGCUGUUGGCUAUUACAGAAGCGGAGACUACUCAAAGAGCAGACAGCUCGUGGACCGCUGUAUCGAGAUGCAAGCUGAUUGGAGACAAGCUUUGGCCCUGAAGAAGACCAUCGAAGACAAAAUCAAAAAGGAUGGUGUUAUUGGGAUAGGCAUCACUGCUUCAGCUGUGGGAGCCGUAGGUCUGAUAGCCGGUGGUAUUGUAGCGGCGCUGGCUCGCAAGAAGUGA